GCAAGAAGACCGCUCCGCGCGUCGCCUCGCGGGCUGUUCUGCCCGCUCCGUCCCGUUCCGGAGCCUGCGGAAGGCUGUGAACCAGAGAAUUAAUUCUUCAGGAGGGAUUUUCCAGGAGCGGCUGGGCGGGGCCUGGUGGCAGCAGGGCCACGUGUGUCAGGGGGAAGCAGGAAGUGACUGCAGGAGUGGAGCCGGCGGAGCAGCGGCCGCGGGCUGAGGGCAGCGGAGUGGGGGCCGCAGAGGGCACCCCACUAUAUCCAGCAUGCUCCAAGGCCACAGCACUGUGUUCCAGGCCUUGCUGGGGACCUUCUUCACCUGGGGGAUGACGGCUGCUGGGGCAGCUCUCGUGUUCGUCUUCUCUAGUGGACAGAGGCGGAUCCUGGAUGGAAGCCUUGGCUUUGCUGCAGGGGUCAUGUUAGCAGCCUCUUACUGGUCUCUCCUGGCCCCAGCAGUUGAGAUGGCCACGUCGUCAGGGGGCUUUGGUGUUUUUGCCUUCAUCCCAGUAGCUGUUGGCUUCACACUUGGGGCUGCUUUCGUCUACCUGGCCGACCUCCUGAUGCCUCACCUGGGUGCAGCAGAGGACCCCCAGAUGGCCCUGGCACUGAACUUAGACUCUACACUGAUGAAGAAGAAGUCAGAUCCUGAGGGCCCAAUGCUGCUGUUCCCUGAGAGCGAACUCUCCAUCCGGAUAGGUAGCACUGGGCAGCUUUCAGACAAGAGCGAGAACGGCGAGGCAUACCAGAGGAGGAAGGGGGUGGCUGGCGGCCCUGCGGAGGGUCCUGCUGCCUUGGCACCUGCUCGGGGGCCCCUGGCGCAGCCCAGCAGCAGCAGCUGGAGGAGAAUCACACUGCUGAUCCUGGCCAUCACCAUCCACAACAUCCCAGAGGGUCUUGCUGUUGGAGUCGGCUUUGGGGCUGUAGAAAAGACUGUGUCAGCCACCUUCGAGAGUGCCAGGAAUUUGGCCCUUGGAAUUGGAAUCCAGAAUUUCCCAGAGGGCCUGGCCGUCAGCCUCCCCUUGCGAGGGGCGGGCUUCUCCACCUGGCGAGCUUUCUGGUACGGGCAGCUGAGCGGCAUGGUAGAGCCCCUGGCCGGGGUCUUCGGUGCUGUUGCUGUGGUUUUGGCGGAGCCCAUUCUACCUUACGCCCUUGCCUUUGCUGCUGGCGCCAUGGUUUACGUGGUCAUGGACGACAUCAUUCCGGAAGCCCAGAUCAGUGGCAAUGGGAAGCUGGCAUCCUGGGCGUCCAUCCUGGGAUUUGUGGUGAUGAUGUCCCUGGACGUAGGGCUGGGCUAGCACCGAGACCCUUCAGACCCCAGGGAAGGCAGCACCAGACUUCUGCGGGACCACGAGCCUCCUUCUUGCAAUUAAAACCCUAUUCCUUUCUUUCCUCUCCAUCUCAUUCUCUGGACCCACUCUGAUGAUCAUCUGACCAUUUUUUACUUUGCUUUUGAGGGAGACACUGGCUUUUUCUUAGAAUCUCAUUACGGUAUCAUGGUACUACAGGGUUUUGUUUUGCCCACGGAACGAAUCUUCCUUCGGUGGGAUCAUCAAGGAUGUACAGAUUAGGGGACUCUGUCCUUUCCUCCCUGUCUCCCUCACUAGACGCAGUGGCAGCUCCUCAAGGUCAUCCACAGAAGUGAGUUACCCAGAGCAGUCUCCAUAGCACUUGAGCCUGGGGCUCAGAGCAGAUCGGCGGCCCCCCUUCUGCUCCCUCUGGGCAGCUCUUCUGCCCACCUAGAGUACAGGAACCAGAGUAUUGUGAACACAGCACCCUUUCCCAAAGCCGAGCCAGCCCAAAGAGCAAUGUGCCCUCCUCUUCCUCCCCAGAGAGGUGGGCAUGGGAGAGGCCACAGACAAAGGGAAGUCAACCAGUCUGUUUGUCUUUUCUUUCUGUAAGGCACAAAUCUGUAUUACUGAUGUUCAAGGGAUUCCAAAAUUAGGACAACUGUGAACACAGGGAACCCUGUGAAAAGAGAACUAUGGCUUGGAGCAGGGGCCUCUGUUCUUGGUGGGCUCCAGGAAGAGAGUGUCGGUUCCCAAAUUCGAGGUAUUCAUGUUUUGAAGCCUUUAAGUUCCAUCUUUCUAGGAGACUUGAGAAUACAAGCAAACUGCUAGAACUCAAACUCUCCACUAGCUAACGCAAGGAGUUACUUAAGUGAAGGAAGGGCAUUUGGAGCCUACAACGGCCCAUUCCCUGCUGACCAUUUGCUAAAUUAUCACCCAGCCAAAGACCCUUCAGCUGCAAUGGGCUUUGCUGGAGUCUGGCCACAGGGCUUAGGAUGGAACAGGAAGAAAGGUAGAAAGAAGAACGAUAUCUUGACAUCUCUCUUAAAGUAAAUUUUAGCCAAGUUAUUCUGAAAGGACCACAAAGAGUGUUUGGAGCUAGACAAGAAGGCAGUGUACACUUCUACACAUUGCUUCUCCAGCCAGGGGGACAGGACCUGUCUGCUUCAGCACAGCAUAGGCCUCUGUUCUCCUUGGUCAGAGGAGCCUGAGGGAAUUUUGAGCUGAUUCUUCCAAGAAGUCAGCCAGCCCAAAGAGCCAGCAUUCAGGCUCAUGUUAUCGAUUCCUGCUCUCCAAGUUUACAUGUCCAGUUGCUUCCAAGGGUGAACCUCCUGCUCGGCCAAUGCCUUCAGCCCGUGAAAGCCAACCUUGUGCUGGAUCUGCAUAUGUUCUUCCAAAGCACUGAUGGAUGGUCGCUGAAGACACAUUCAGAGGCUGGAUUGGCUGGGAUGAGCUGGAUUGGUGGUUGGUGUAUAUGUGUUUCCUCGUUUUAUGUCUUUGUAGUAGUUCUACAUAAUGCCAGUUGCUCUUUCUGCUGAAUAAGACCUCGUGACUGUGAUUAAUGUUAAUAAAAGGAAUAUAGUUGUGGA